UAGAAAACUCCACCUCACAAUCUUGAGCUACAAGCACAUCUUUUGGGAGGGAAUCCUAUCCCAUAAUGUACUCACUUCAAAAGGCUUGAGCAAAGAGGAAGCCACGCUGCAGCCUGCCAGCACUGCAGAAGAACUAAAACUCAAGAGAAACUAAACGAACCUUUUACUUGUGGGUAGACACAGUUCACCACUGGGAAUGAUGUUACGGUGGAGUUUUAAAACCACGUGGAAAAAGCACCUUUUCUGGACAGCAUUCUGUGUGCUAAGCCUGCUGGUUUCUGGGGAAGAUGAAGCACAAUUGGAACCUAAGAGUACUACCCAAGCAACACAGAAGCCCACCGUUCCUACAUUGGGACCGAAAGAGGAAUCCUCUACAAAGAAUGCUGUAACAACAAUAGGAUCUUCAGUAUAUCCAGCAAAUGAAACUGAGGCAAAAAAGGGGACAAAUGAGAGCAGCAUCACUGCAGUACUACCAACUACCCUCAGUUCGACAUUUACAACAGUGCAGUUAUCUGCAACAGAAAACAUCACAACACAAGCUCCCAACAAUGUAACAAGCCAAAGCAUAAUUCCAACAACCCGUUCAACUGCUUCUUCCACUAAGCAGACAACACAGAAUUUCGCCAGCUUACCUAAUACAACCCAAACUACUGACAGCACUGUAACGGCCAGUAUCACAUGCGUGAAUAAAAAAGAAGUGACUUCUGGCACGGCUGUGAUAUGUUUGGAGCUCACUGAGACCCUCACAUGUGAACAGUUUAAAAUGCAGAAAGAAAAGGACCUAGGAAGGGUGUUAUGUGUGAUAAACACAACAUGCCACAUCAAGUUAUCAGAAUCUAGCGUGAAGCGGAAUUGCAUACUGUUGGUUGACGUUAGCAAUGCAGGUGCAGAUGCACUGAGUAAAGUUCUCAGUGAGAAGACCCAUGAUUUGCAAGAGCUAGGGAUUAAAAAUGUCCAUAAAUCAGAGGGCAUUGAGAAUCAUGGGGACUAUUCCCGGAAGACCCUUAUUGCCUUGGUCACCUCUGGUCUCCUGAUGGCAUUUCUUGGAUUGGCUGGAUACCACUUUAUGAAACGACGGAGCUGGAGUCCCCGUGGAGAGAGGCUGGGAGAAGAUCCAUAUUACACAGAAAAUGGUGGUCAUGGCAACCCUGCAGCCUCUGUGGCCUCUCAUGAACAGUCUGAUCUGCAGGAUAAGCCAAAUCUCAAUGGAGGAGCUCGAGAAAAUGGAACUGGCCAGACAGCCUCAAAAAAUGGACACUCAGCGAAGCCCCAUGUUGCUGACACUGAGCUGUGAAAAGGCUGUGGAUUAAAGUGCUGUUAAUGUCUCCUGAAAGACCAAAAUGGAGACACAGAAAAGCUAGGAUGCAAGGAAGUCAUAAAUGGAAUCAUAAUGUUUUAAUUUUUACAGAGAGCUCGAAAAUUCAAUUCUAAAGCAUUUGUUUCCAAGAGCAGGCCCAGGACUUUUGUGCACAUAGCAAACUGCUUCAGUGGAAUUGGAUACUAUUUGGGAAGUAGGAUCUUUUUCAGACCAAAGUGAGAUGACUGGACUUCAAAUGAAUUUAUGCAGAAAGGCAUGUUAUCUGGAAAUUUAAAGUGGAUUUAUCAAUUAUCCUUGCUAGGACGUUGAUUACCAGAUCAACCAUUUUAAGGAGAAAGAUUUCUUUAUUCUAAGCAUUCUUAAUGUUAAUAAACAAUAGGAUGAUUAGGCCAAUGAUUCUAAAUACGAAUUUACAUGGUAAAAUCAGUACAAGUGAAUCAGUUUUGUUAAUUCUGAAACACAUGGCCAUAUACUUCUCCCGUCCUAGUCCAAACUAUAAUUUUUCAAGAUGUAAAUGGGUGACUUUGGGGUGCAUGUUACUACAUUUAUUAUGCUUUGAUUGUAUUCCUGCAUUGAUCAGGGGGUUGGACUUGAUGGCCUUGUAGGCCCCUUCCAACUUCUCUUUUCUAUGAUUCUGUGAUUAAUCAUGCAGGUCGCCACAUUAAAAUCAAACAAAAGAUCAAAGAUUUAAAAAGGCAUCUGUAUCAAACUUCAUAUUUUGCUGGGGUUCUCCAGGUAAGUGCCACAACUGCUCAAGACUUUGCUUUUUGUGCUACAUCUUCCAAAAAAAAAAAUGAAAGUCCUCAGGAUGAUGGGCUUAUGAAGAAUAGGAUUCAUUCGGAAGUACCAUUUAAAAAUUUCUGAGCAACAAAGAUUUCAAAUCUUUAUUAGGCUUAAUGUGCACAGAAAGCUAGGUGGAAAGAUGUCAGCUAAAUAUGGAGAGUUCCUUAACCGACAUGAAACUGCAAUAGGCAAGUAGCCUAAGGUUGUAAAUAUUGCUCAUUCGCUUUUUCUGUUCUGUGUUUCUACUUAGGGAUUUUGUUUUAAUUGUUUACAUAAGAACAAAUAAAUGGAAGCAUAGGGCAUACAGCAACUGUUACAGAGCAACUGAUUGAUGCCUGUAAAGCAAAAAGCAAGUUACUGAAACUUUGUCCAUGAUUGUGCUUAAGUUAGUUUUAAUGAAAUCAGUGGACAAAUUAACCAAAUGAUGUCAAUCAGAAUGUCAGUCUCCCAAGACUGUAGUCCUAUAUCUCUUACCUGGGACUUACCCGGGACUCAAUGAAGCUUACUUUAAAGCAGAAAUGUAUAGAAUUGUGUUGUAAACUUAAUAAACUAUCUUUGGAUUGAA